UCGUCUUCACGAAGAAACCAGGAACCACACCUAUAGUCCAGAUUUGUUAAACAAAGUAAGGUGGUGUCUUGUAGUAUAAAAAGGGGGUUGAGUUUCAAACUCAUCACUUGGUUUGCAGUUUCUGUCUCAUACAAGCAUUCAAAAUGAAAGUCUUGAUUCUUAGCUUCUUCUUGGCUUGCGCCUCCGCCCAGUACUACCCUGGCUUUUAUGGUCCUGGUUUCACUAGCCAAUACCACGCUCAAGAUGUUCUCGGACAGGCUUCUUACGGUUUUUCCCACCCCGGACAGGCUGCUGCCCACUACCGCGAUGCUUUCGGCAACCAAGUCGGCUCAUACGCCUAUAUCAACCCAGUAGGAAAGGAAGUCAUGGUCUCCUACACCGCUGACAGCAGGGGAUUCCGCGUUGCGUCCAACGACUUGCCCGAAUCUCCCGUUGCCCCCGUCGUCCAGCUCAAGUCUCCCGAACCCGUUCAGGAAACUCCCGAAGUCGCUGAGGCAAAGGCUAAGCUUUUCGCUCUUCAAAAGGAGGCCUCCGCUAAACGCACCAAGCGACAGGUUCCUGUCUACCCCGCUGCUCUGCCCUACACUCCCUUCACCCCGGCGUUCUACCCCGGUGCUCUUCCCGCUAUUAAGCACGUCGCUCCUUGGGUUGCCCCUGCUCCGUUGUUCGCCAAGACCACCCUGAAGACCGUCACUGCCGAGGCUGAUCCUUCCGCUAAGACUCCAGCUGAUACCACCAAAUUCGACCUCAAAGAAAAGAGCUUCGAUGUUGUCACUCCUGUGGCCUACCCCUACGCCCCUUAUGGUUACACUUAUCCUUUCGCUGCUCCCGUUGCCGCCCCAGUUGAGGUUUCCCGCAAGAAGCGACAGGUUACCGAUUUUCCCUACCCCUCAGCUGUCUAUGGCGCCACUUUUCCCACUCCCUUGGUUGCCAAGACUACCUUGAAGACCGUCACUGCUGAGGCUGAUCCUUCCGCCAAGACCCCAGCUGAUACCACCAAGUUUGACCUCAAGGAAAAGAGCUUCGAUGUUGUCACUCCCGUGGCCUACCCUUAUUACGCACCUUACGGUUACACUUACCCGAAUGCCUAUCCCCAGGUCAACGGAUUCUAUUAAAUGGUUAUAGACGCGAUUUGAUUUGCUGGACAACAUCAACAAAUUCAUAGUACAUGCACAACAUCUCGUCUGUACGAUUGUUCUGAAAAUUUGAUUUGUUAAAAAUGCCUUUUUUUGUGAAAUUGGUUCGGAAUGGAAUAAAAUUUUUCGCACUUUA